GAUAAGCACUACCCAUCAUGUGACAAGUCAAGCUCAAGUCAGCAGUUUAUUCUGUCAAAUAUUUGUGUUUAUUAAUUAUCCUUGAUCAAAAUUAGAUUUUAAAACAUUUAAAAUUCUCUAACUCUCAAUAAACUUAUCUCAGCAUGAGCAGCCGUAGGUAUAACGAGGACAGCAGCAGCAGUAGUAGCAGUUCUAAUGGGAGCAGCGAAAGAUCCAGGUCAAGAUCACCUUUAGGGGAACGCACAGUUUCAUCCAAAGAUAAACCACAAAAUAUAGGCCUUGCAGCAAAGAACCGACUGAAAAAUAUGAGCAUUCAAAUGAAACUCAAUUCCAGCAAGCCUGCUCCGGCUAAUAAACCAAAACUCAGUGUAGCUGCUGCGUUUAGUCAAGACAGCGAUGACGAACCUGAAGAAAUGCCCCCAGAAGCCAAAAUGAGAAUGCGAAAUAUUGGGAGAAACACACCAACUUCAUCUGGACCAAAUUCAUUUGGCAAAACAAAGCAUGGAUUCUCAGAUGCUAAAAAGAUAUUCGAAAAGAACUUAAGGGAGGCGAUGGAAGCUGCAAGAGCUGAUGAUUAAAUAGUUAAGACUAGUUAAAUUAAUUUUUUAUUGUCAAGUAGAGCUUUAAGCGGCACAGUAGUUCAAACGCUUACGUAUAUUUGUGAUUAUUGCCGUAGAUUGGCACGUAGUUAUUGAUGGGGUGCCUUCUAAUCAACGGAACUGUUUAGUUUGCUGUUUUUAGCAAAUUAACUUACGUUUUGUGAUUGCAUUACCUUUAUCGAUUUUACGAAGAAAAUUAAUUUUCCAAUUAUUGACCAAAUGGGAAGAAUGGGAAUAAUUGUAUCUAUAGUAGAACUUCAAACGUACAAGUAUUUAAUAAUACACAAUCAAAAGAAAGAAUACAUUUAAUUUGAACGUAAAAUGUUUGUUAGUAUAGCCGUCGAACCCUAAGAAAUAUGUAUGUAUAGAAAGUAGGUAAAUGUUAUUGAGAAAUAAUAAAAUGUUAGUGAGGAAAA